AUGAGGACGAGGCCGAAACGGGGUGGUGAAGACCCUAGUGAGGCCGAGGAGGAGGAUGAGGAGGAGGAGGAGGAGGAGGAGGAGGAGGAGGAGGAGGAGGAGGAGGAGGAGGAGGAGGAAGAAGAAGAAGAGCAGGGGGACGACGAGGAGGAGGAUGAACAGGAGGAGGAGGAGGAGGAGGAGGAGGAGGAGGAGGAGGAGGAGGAGGCAGAGGAGGAGGAGGAAGAGGAAGAGGGGGAGGAGGAGGAGGAGGACGUGGUGGUAGUGAAGGGACGGGGCGGGCGUGGCAGACGGCAGAGUGGUACAGGGAAGGUGGGGGGCCGGACUCGCCAUUCCCAAAAACGCGGGGCAAUUAACGCCGCGCGCGGCGCAGCAGCUGGCAAACUGAAGGCGCGUAAGCGUGCAAUGGAUGCAGCUAACGAAGGGGGCCGGAAGAGCAAGUGUGACGCCGCUAUCCACAGGAGCCCCAAGUUUCUUGACGCCGUACUCCGGCCCGAGCAAAGUCGCUGCGACGGCUCCCGGCGCGCCAAGAGGAGAGGAAUCCGAAUCACCUCCACCAGGCCCCAUCACGCACUCCCCACUCGCCUCACCCUCGUACCCAUUUCGGCCGCUACACGCUUCUCCUGUCCGGGGCAGGGCGGUCUCCCCCCUCGCUGGUCCUUCGCGCGGGCAUCAGCCAAGCACUUCUGCCAAUCCCUUCCCUGA